AUGACAGAUAAUUCGUCUAUCGCAAACCAUAUCACGCCAGAGAAGCUCACGCUGAUGAAGAUCAAGGCUGGUGGCUUCGAGCGCGAAUUCUUGUCUGAACCAUCAACCCCAACCCAGAUUCCUCCAUCUCUCGAUUUUCCUCCCUUGCUGGGACACCAACAUUCAUCUUCAAGCAACAUGAACUCGUCCCUUACGCGUCGCUCCAGCCGACAAGUCAGUUCGGCGUCUCGUCGCUCCAACUCGUUCCUCCAGUCUCAUCGCAAUAAGAUGUCUUCUGAACUUACGCAAGUCGUCCUCAGCUCUUUAAAGGGCAAGUUCUUUGCUUUGAUGGACCUCAUGUCAACCGCGUCGCGUGAAGCUUCUUCACUUAAAGACUCAUGGGCUCGCAUCACCUCUGAGCGUGAAGCUUUGGCUCGCGAGCGUGAAGAUCUCAUGAUUCAAGUAGAUGAGGUGACCGAGACGCUCGAGCGAUCACAGAGCGAGUACCAUCACCACGGACACGAAUUGGUUGAGAGAAAGAGGCAAGUCGAGAAACUUCUUCUCGAGCUUUCCGCGGCUUUUACUGCGGUAUCCGAACAGAAGAAGAAGGUUGUCGACCGAGACCACGAUCUGGAAAGUACACGUGCUGAGCUCACCGAGCUUCGGACAAGAGUGUCACGGUCUGGCAGUGAUUAUAGCAGGAUCAGUGUUGAACUCCAGGCUCUUACAGCCAAACUCAAGGUCGCUGAAGACGAUCGGAAUCAGGCAAGCCAUGACUCUGAAAGGCAUCGUGGUGAUCUGCGUAUGCUGUUGCGCGAGCAUACCGACCUCAAGAGCAAGUCCGCUGAGACCACUGUUAAAUUGGAGACCUCUCGUAAAGAGAUCUUAUCUCUUACAGACCGAAUCAAGAUGUGGGAACUGGAGAGGGACGAGCAUCUCCACGAGAAGGACCGUCUUCAAGAAGAGCUCAAACGGGCCAUAGUUAGGGCUGAGGAAGUCUCUCGCGACCUGAUCGAGUUGACUGAACGCCAUGACCGAACUCAGCGCGAACACACCAAAGUCAAGGAAAACCUACGCAUCAUUGAGACUGAGCGUGAUGACCAAGCUCUUACUAUCGAAAAUCUGCGCCGCGAGGUCAAGGCCAAGUCAAUCGGCUGGGAGGAGGCUGAUUCACGUCACGCUGAAGUCAACCUCAAGUAUGAACAUAUCAAGAGAGAGGUUAUUGCCACCAAAGAAAAGCUCCGGGAGUUUGAACUAGAGCACACCGAACUCCGCAACUCCAUCGAGGGAUCUCGCGAAGAGCUCCGUCUAACUAUCAUCGAGCGCGACCAACUCAAGGAAGAUGUUCAAGAUGAACGCAGGAAGGUUGCAGAUGGUCACCGACGGGUCAGCGCCCUCGAAGAGACGUUAAAAAGAGCGGAGCUGACUGCCACCGAAGCCAGAUCAGAAAUCCACACUCUCAGUGACACUGUCGCUGACAUCGUUGCAGCGGAACGCAAUAAGGUCCUUGUUCGCGAGGGCGAAGACGGCCGUACCAAACAUGGUCACUUCACGCGCGAGAUCAGCGACCUCAAGGACAAGCUUGUCAUUUUCCAAGCGGAGAUCCGUACCUUGACUGAAGCUCGUGACCGCGCUUACAAAGACCUGAACGACUGGAAACAUAAGUAUGAGGAAGUCACCGAGACCAUCACUGAAUAUCAUGACAACAGUGGGGAGCUCGAGUUCGAAAUUGAGAGUUUGCGCACAUUGUUGCGUGAGGCGCGUGAGCAGAAGGAGCGUGCCAUUUCUGCUCGACACGCCGCUGAUCGGGAGAGAGACGAAUAUGUUACCAAGUAUGAGGAGAAGUGUAGAGAGAUGGAGAGGUUCGAAGAAAGCGCAUCCAGCCAUUAUCAUUCACAUGGUCGCAGCGGAGGGGAAGGCAAGUCUUUCACGAGGACAGUGUCAACAGCUGGUACGACGGUGCAUCAUAGUGGCAAGCAUGGCCACAGUUCGACAGAGGGAGGGGGCAUGUUUUCUUCCCCUUGA